GAACUCCGUCGCCGCAUGAACGUCAAUGGAUUCACAUGAACCAGCCCACGACGUCCAAACCCGUCUGUCAGUUCAGCGUGAUGUGCUACAACGUACUGUGCUCCAAGCUUGCCACCCGACAAAUGUACGGCUACUGUCCGCCCUGGGCACUAGAGUGGGAGUACAGAAAAAAAGGAAUCAUGACUGAAAUACGCAAAUACGACUCCGAUAUCAUCGCGCUCCAGGAAGUAGAGACGGAUGCGUUCCACAAUUUCUUCAUGCCGGAGCUGAAGAAGUUAGGCUANUCUGUCUGUCUGUUCACGCUACUGAAGGAGCACCUAAUCGAGUUCAACCAGCUCGCCAUGGCUAACCACGACGGCUCUGAAGACAUGCUCAACAGAGUCAUGCCUAAAGACAACAUCGGCCUGGCUGCGCUGCUGCAGACCAAGCCUGCCGCAUGGCAUGAGCACUUAUUACAGACCAUCAUGCUGAUGACGGAAGUACGGAAGAUAGUGCAGAGUUUCAACGCCGGUGAGGAGGCCGGCGGCAGAAGACCUCACCACAGAGGGCAGGACCACAACAACGGCGUCCACCUACUCCUCUGUGGCGACCUCAACUCCCUGCCUGAGUCAGGUUUGUUAUUGCCCGUUGCACAACGUCGCGAGUUUUUAGAUCACUUCCCUCUAGUGGUGCAGAUGGAGCUUCGCCCUAUGACACCUCCCUCGCUGCUGGGGUCCAACGCAGGGAGUGGGGGACUGGGGAUGCACCAGCAGACCUCCCAGCACGGAGCCCACACCACCCACUUCCCCGGCACCAUGACGGCCAUAAACGCUACGCCGCACCACCACAAGAACAACGGCAACAUACAUCGGUAG